UAACACGUGGCGUGGUUGGCAAGGUCAAACCCAGCGCCGCCGGUGGUCAGUCAGAAACAGCUGGUCGGCGUGAUCGGAUCCAAAUUAGCGAAGCACAAUGAUUUUGAGCAUUGUAGUUGGAAUCGUAGUGGUGGCGCUCACAUACAAGCUGGCAAGGCUUAUCAUCGAGGGAGGACAGUUUCGUAAAAACACUCGCUGCGAUGGUAAAGUGAUUCUCAUCACAGGAGCCAACACGGGUAUUGGAAAGGAGACGGCCCGUGAAUUGCUAAAGCGUGGUGGUAAAGUGUACCUAGCAUGUCGAUCACUGGAGCGUGCCAAUGAGGCGCGCCAAGAGAUCAUAGCCCAGACCGGCCUCGGCGAUAUUCAUGUGCGCGAGCUGGAUCUUGCUUCGUUGGAAUCGAUUCGAAAGUUCGUUAAAGGCUUUCUGGCCGAGGAAGAACGUCUCGAUCUGCUAAUCAACAAUGCGGGAGUUAUGGCGUGCCCCAAGGCGCUGACUAAGGAUGGAUUCGAACAGCAGCUUGGAGUGAAUCAUUUGGGACACUUUUUGCUCACUAAUUUACUGCUCGAUCGAUUGAAAGCUUCGGCACCGAGCCGCAUUGUAAAUCUGUCCAGUUUAGCGCACAAGUACGGUAAGAUCAACCAAAGGGACCUGAACAGUGAGCAAUCGUACAACCAGGUAACGGCCUACUGCCAGAGUAAACUCGCCAAUGUGAUGUUCACUCGCGAGCUGGCCAAACGUCUGGAAGGAACAGGAGUCACCACCUAUGCGGUACAUCCCGGUACGGUCGACACGGAAUUACCCCGGCACAUGGGCUCCUUCUUCUUCCUGUUUGAUCACAAGCUAGUGAAACCGUUGCUCCGUGUGGCCUUCAAGACACCGCUAUCUGGUGCCCAGACGACCCUUUACACGGCCUUAGAUGAAGACUUAUCGCAAGAGAGUGGGAAAUAUUAUGCUGAUUGCCGUGAGCAGCAGUUGAGUAAAUACGCACGCAACGAUGACCUAGCGGCCUGGCUGUGGAAUGAGAGCACCAAGAUGACUAGCCUUGACCCAAAAUGACGCACAUAUCUCGGCUCAACAUGUUAAUUGCAGAUUUCU